AUGGAAAAAGAAAACCAAACCAGUGUCUCUGAAUUUCUCCUCCUGGGCUUCACAAGUUCUCCAGAGAAUCAGGCACUCCUCUUUGCACUUUUCCUAUGUCUCUAUUUAACAGGGAUAUUUGGAAAUUUACUCAUCCUACUAGUCACUGCCUCAAAUCGUCACCUCCACACACCCAUGUAUUUCUUCCUUGCCAAUUUAUCCUUGGUAGACCUCUGCCUUCCUUCAGCUACAGUCCCCAAGAUACUGCUAAACAUUCAAACGCAGACUCAAUCCAUCUCCUAUCCUGGAUGCCUAGCUCAGAUGUAUUUCUGCAUGAUGUUUGCCAACAUGGAUAAUUUUCUUCUCACAGUGAUGGCAUAUGACCGUUAUGUGGCCAUCUGUCAUCCAUUGCAUUAUGCAACUAUUAUGACCCAGUUCCUCUGUGCCUCUUUGGUGGCUAUACCUUGGGUCAUUGCCAUUUUGAACCCUCUCUUGCACACUCUUAUGAUAGCCCAUCUGCACUUCUGUGCUGAUAAUAUCAUCCAUCAUUUCUUCUGUGAUAUCAACUCUCUCCUCCCUCUGUCAUGUUCUGAUACCACUCUUAAUCAGUUGAUAGUUCUGACUGUGGUGGGACUCCUCUUUGUGGUACCUUCACUGUGUAUUCUGGCAUCCUAUAGUUGCAUUGUCUCCACGGUGAUGAAAAUUCCUUCACUCUCAGGAAAACUCAAGGUUUUCUCCAACUGUGGGUCUCACCUUGCCUUGGUUAUUCUUUUCUAUGGAUCAAUCACUGGAGUAUAUAUGAGCCCUUCAUCCAACCAUUCAACUGAAAAAGACUCAGCAGCUUCAGUAAUUUUCAUGAUCGUAGCCCCUGUACUGAAUCCCUUCAUUUACAGCCUAAGGAACAAUGAGCUGAAGAGAGCUUUGGAAAAAACCCUAAGCCAGAGAAAAAUAUUUUCCCAAUGA